UAUUUACCAAUCAGGAGCGAGAUUCAGUAGAAAAUCGAAUAAUGUUGUCCAACCGUUGAGUCUACUGAACGCGGCCUUUGUUCUACUGAACGCGGCCAGUGACUUUCCACACUGGGAAAGUGCGUCAUCUGCAAUCAUUUGGGGAGGGGAACUACGAUGCUACAUCCAGAGAGGAACAUGAGAGCGGCCAAAACGGCGGUCCGCUGGCUUUAGUCAAUGAGGAAGAAAGAGAGAAAGAGGCGAUACACGUGAAUUCUAUCACAAUUUGUGUGUUAACGCUGCACAAAAAUUAAAAAAUGCCCACCGAAAUAAAGAAUAGAGUACUUACAUACGAAGGCAGCAAUUAUAUGAGAUACCGUUUAUUACUGUCAACUUUAUCCGGAAAGCCAGUCAGAAUUAUAAAUAUUCGGAGAAAAGAAAAUGAUCCUGGUCUUAGAGAAUAUGAAGUUAGUUUCAUCCGUAUGCUGGAUAAAAUCACCAAUGGCACAAAAAUUGAGAUAAAUGAAAGUGGUACUAGUAUAUAUUAUAUUCCUGGUUUAUUAUACGGUGGUGAAUUAGAACAUGAUUGCAGUUUGCAAAGAGGUAUUGGAUAUUAUUUAGAAGGAGUUAUGAUACUUGCUCCAUUUUGUAAAAAGCCUAUUGAUUUGAAGCUUAGAGGAAUAACUAACAAUUCUACAGAUCCAUCAGUAGAUAGAAUUUUGACUGCUGGUGUACCAAUACUAAAGAAAUUUCUAGCAGGUGAUAAUGAAGUUGUACUAAAAAUUUGUAAGAGAGGAGCAGCACCUUUGGGAGGUGGAGAAGUAUGCUUUAAAUGUCCAAUCAGUCGCAAUCUUAAAACGAUACAGCUAGAAGACAGUGGAAUGGUAAAACGUGUUAGAGGUACUGCAUGCAGUAUAAGAGUUUCCCCAGCAGUUGCUAAUCGUAUUGUUGAAUCAGCCAAAGGUAUUCUCCUCAAAUUUCUGCCAGAUAUUUAUAUUCACACAGAUCAUUGCAAAGGAUCAGCCAGUGGAAAGUCUCCAGGGUUUGGAGUCACUUUGACAGCAGAAACUACUAAAGAAGUAUUCUUUAGUGGACAAGCAUUCUCGCCAUUAAUGACAACAGGAUCAUUACCAUGUGUGCCUGAAGAUAUUGGCAAAGAAGCUGCAAUGAAACUUUUGGAUGAGAUCUAUAGAAACGGAUGUGUAGACUCUGUUUUUCAAAGUAUGACUGCAGUAUUUAUGGCUCUUGGUAAGAAGGAUGUUUCCAAAGUUAUAGUAGGUCCACUAACUCCAGCAAUGAUACAAUUUUUACGUGACUUACGAGAUUUCUUUGGAACUGUUUUUAAAAUAGAACCAGUCAAAGAAGAAGAAGAAUUGUUACCACAAGUCCAUUUAACUUGUUUAGGCAUAGGUUAUACUAAUAUAAGUAAACGAACAUUAUAAUACAUAAAA